UGCCCGGCUCUUUCUCCGGUUCACAGAGAUGGAGAGACUUGGUUUUGAGUAUGUUAUCUUCCACAAUGAUUCAGAGAAGAAGUGUGUCUGCUUGUUCCAGCCUGGGCCACUUCUGGAAGGAUUGCCUGGGAUUAUCCAUGGCGGUGCACUGGGGACCAUGAUAGAUACCACGUUUUUCACGACAGCAUAUAACAGCGCCAAUGCCGUCUUCACAGGGACAAUGACCAUCAAAUUCAAGAGCCCCGUCACCCUUGGCACGGUGGUGUGGCUGGAGGCGCAGAUCACUGGCAUGGAAGGAAGAAAGGUGUAUCUCUCUUGUGAAGCCCAGAGCAGCGACAGGACCACCACCUUCGCUGAAGCUUCCGCCAUCUUCUUCCAGAUGAAGUGACGCAGAAGCAAGGCACCACCAGGCUCAUUUCCGCCUGUCCUGGAAGGCAGAGGGAUGAAACGAAAGCCUCUCCUGGAGCCGGCCUGCCUCACCUACUCACCUUCAGCUCCCAUCAUACUCCAGCCUUUUCCUUUUAAGAAACUCC